CAUGCAUGUAUAGAUACAUAUGUAUGACUAAUAAAAUAUCAAACAUACACAUACAUAUUAUUCAUGGCCCAGCCAAACAGAAAAACGUACUCUAUGUAUUCAUAAUUUUUUUUCUCUUUUAUUUCACAUUUUACGCCGUGCCCUUUCCGUUGUGUAGUGACUUUCUUCGAUAGUGCGCGUGUUCCGCUAUUCAUUCAUACGAAUUCUUCUGUAUAUACGUAUACCUGCUGAUAGUAUACGAUACUAUUGAAAAACGUAUUUUUACUACUACUGCUAGUACGCUUCAUUCUACUGCAUUCUACUAUCCAUCUCGUUGACGUGGUCAUACAAAGUAUGUCGACGCCUUACUACCGAUCCGUACGUGCAGUCUCACCGAUAGGUGUAUUGCAUACAUAUACAACAUAUAUUACUGCUGACGGUGUACACACUCACGUGCGCGCGCGCAUAAAAUACCUUGGACCUAUUCGACUCUAUUCAAGAUGGAGAGAAAAGAACGUAAGAUCUCAGAAAGGUGGUUGUAAACAAGAGAUUUCGAAGAUACGUAUUUACUGUUAGAUAUUACUGUAAAAUCGAACGAUAAAAAAUGGCAAAAUCUGUAUUGAGCUCGGAUACCUUACCAAAAGCAGGUCGAGUGAAUGAAGUAUGUCGGGAAUGGUUGGUGCACGAGGAUGGAGCAUUGGCAUAUAGAUUGCAAGAUGAAGAAAUCAAGGAACAUUAUUCGGGUAAUAAGGUGCGCAAUGCUCAGGUACGAGAAGAUCUUCCAAGAGCCAGGGUAGAACAAGAGUUAGAGGCAAUAAGAUAUCAAAAUUACAUACAACAGCAGGAAGAAAGAGAUGCUGUUGUAGCGAGACAAAUUGCAUUGUCAUUGGAAAGAGAGGAACAUCAAAGAGAAAGGGAAGAGCAUCAGAGAGAAAGGGAAGAGCAUCAAAGAGAAAGGGAAAAGUAUCAAAGAGAAAGAGAAUUACAGGAACGAAUGAGAUCGCAGUUAAAGCUCGACGAUGAUACUUUAUCGAUGAGAUUAGAAAUCGAAAGACGCAUACAAGAAGAAAAGGAUGAAGAAUUAGCAAGAAAGUUGCAGCAGGAGGAAGAAAAUGCUAUGGACGAUCAUGAUUCUCCAGUUAACGAACAAUUAUUAUUAGAUCAAAAGAUUGCAAUGGAAGCUCAGGAUGCCGAAUUAGCACGUAUGCUUCAAGAAAAGGAACGUGCUAAGGCACGGAAAGCUAGAGAAAGAGCUAGACAAAAGAAAUUGGAAAAGCAACAGAUGCAACAGCUGGAACAACAUACUUUAAUAGAUAGACCUCAACGACCGGAUAAGAUCGACUUAAGAAAUUCGUCGAAUAAAAGUCGAACGAGACACGAUACCAAUUAUAUCCAGCAAUAUCCAGAUCCCGAAGAGAUACAAACGCUUGAUAAUCAUAUUGAAGAAAUACAAGAAGUACCCAAUGUAGCUGCUAUCAUCGAUCCAACUUAUAAUAUAAAUGAGCAUCGAAAUACGUCCAGCAGUUCGAGUAAUACAGUUAGUCCGACGUUUGCAUUACCUACACCACCGCAAGAAUUAAUGGUAGAUGAUGCACCCUGUUACAUGCCGAUACAAGGACAACGAAGAAAUCAGAAUCAAUCUCCUUCGCAAGUACACGAAGAAAAGCAUAAGAGGCGAGUUAAAGAUGGAUGUAAGCAUCAAUGAAACAAAAACAACGUGCCUAUCGUAUUUAAUUAACAAUAAGUAUAUACUCGUCUUUUUUGGUAUUAAACAUUUAUCAAAAGUAUAAAAGUAUCUCGUAAGAAUAAUACUUUCUCUAUUUCUUGAUGAUAUAACUAACUACGUGAUUGACGAAUUUUUAUACAAGUUUUUCUCGCGAUAUUGCACAUGAUCCGUAGUUGCCUCCAUUCCAUUGAAAGUAGAUAAUAUACACACAUAUAUAUACAUUUAUAAAGAGGUAAAAGAAAUUAUUCUAUAAUUGCAAUGAGAUAUCAGGAUCACUACUUUUUGCUAGAUUUAAGAUUCGUCUUUGCAAAUUGUAUUGUUACAAAAAUUUAGAUGUUAUUAUUGCGCUAACAAUAGUACACAUUCUCAUGUGUUUCAUCAAAUAUGAAACCGUACGUGCCUUUUGGAAAGGUACGAUUUAUAAAGCUAAUCAAUUUUUCAUCUACUAUCCAUGGAGAAAAUUCAAAAGAAUAAUGCAAGAGAGUUAAAAUUUACAAGAAAUCGUACCAUUUUCUAACUACUUAUCUGCCUUUUCUAUUAUAAAUAAAUCUUUAAUAAUCGUAAGAAAAUAUUAUCUCAUUCUAAAGUGAUUAGUUUAAAAAUUAAUUAUUCUCGAUAUUUCUGAAUUUGUAGGAAAUUUAAGGACGAGAUUAGACGUAGGUAAUUAUUACUAAUGUUAUAUGAAGCUUAUUUAUUAAUAAGUCAUUAAAAAGAUUAGAUUGAUAAUCGGAGCACAUUUAAUAAAAAUUAGUAUUUUAUAUAUCAGUUCAUCUUUAGAUAAAGGAAAGAUGAAAAUUUCAAAGUGUUUUGAUUAUAUAAAAAAAAAAAAAAAAAUAACAUUUUCGUGAAAUGUUUAAGUAAAUGCAGUGUUUCAAGCUCUCUAUUCAAACGAUCUUUGUAUUGAUUCGCUAUAAAUUUCGCGCUUUAGUAAUCGUGGAAAUAAUAUUUUUGUUUUCUUUUUUCUUUCUUUCUUUUUUUUUUUUUUUUCAUUUA